GGCGCUGCGUUGCUCCUCCCUCCGCGGCACCUGGGUUCGGCCGAGCGCGCUGAGCCGACUGCUCGGCCAAGUGCGGGUCGCUGCGGCGCUCCCCUGAGCCAGACUGCGGAGCCUGCACUGCUUCCCCGAACGCUGUGACCCGCGACCCCAGACCCCGCCUCCUUUUGGCUCGGCCCGCGCGCCCCAGGCCCGGUCCGGGGGGCGCGACGGUAGGAUGAGCGGCGGGAGGCGGAAGGAGGAGCCGCCUCAGCCGCAGCUGGCCAACGGGGCCCUCAAAGUCUCUGUGUGGAGCAAGGUGCUGCGAAGCGACGCGGCCUGGGAGGACAAGGAUGAAUUUUUAGAUGUGAUCUACUGGUUCCGACAGAUUAUCGCUGUGGUUCUAGGUGUCAUUUGGGGAGUGUUACCAUUGCGAGGUUUCUUGGGAAUAGCAGGGUUCUGCCUGAUCAAUGCAGGAGUCCUGUACCUCUACUUCAGCAACUACCUUCAGAUAGAUGAAGAAGAAUAUGGUGGUACAUGGGAGCUCACGAAAGAAGGGUUUAUGACGUCUUUUGCCUUGUUCAUGGUCAUCUGGAUUAUCUUUUACACUGCCAUCCACUAUGACUGAUGGUGUACAGUCCCCACCUGCUCCCUGUCGGGUCCAAAGGACCCUCUUAGUUGCAGCAUGAAACACGAUUAAUGGGCACCUCAGCCACAUGGAACCUGGAAGACCCAUGUUUCCUGGACCGAGAAUCAGUGUGUUGGGCGUCAGUGUUUUCUGCAAGGGUUGUGACCUGAAACUUUUUAAAGAACCAUCGCCUUUGGGAAAGCAUUUCUAAUUGUCCAUCACCAGUCAUUUCUUCU